AUGAUGAAGCGAAAGCGUUCCAAGUCGGCCCGGCCGACAUCCUUUUUGUCAAAAACAUUUGAUUUAUUGGGUUUCCAUGAUAAUAAUCAAAAUAUGGCAUCUCGGCAUGGCUAUGGCUUUCUGAUCACGGAGCUUCAAGCACAUAUUUUAGCUAUAUCAGGAAGGUUUUGCCAGCUCAGAAAUGAGCAAAUAUGCUAGCUAGUAAUUAAUCUGUAUUCAGGAGUUGGAUUUUUUUACCUCUAGGAAAAGUGAGACUUUGAGUUGGAAAGUGGAAGCCAAGCAAAACUUUCUAGGUUUAUCGGGGAAAUCCCUAGCGAGAAAUCAAACCCCGAGCUAUAAGUUUUCACUUUUGCCGACAGUCGUCUACAAUUUUUUGUGCAGGGUGACCCAGUCCGCUUUACUCUCCGUUAUACACGAGUCUCAAGCGGAGAAGAGUUAAUCCUCUGUUGGGGCGAUGGCAUGUGGCUCAACGAAACAAGGCGGAUAUGCGCAUCCGCGGGUGCUCUGGCAACUACUCUAUAAUCUAACUUAAUGUUAAUCUACUGGGUUUACAUGAGUUCCAGGAAAUAGUCAGUUGAAGCGAUGAUGGGAAAUCUUUUAUAAUCAAAAAUCAAGGGGACUUUGCGAAUCAGGUGCUCCCUUUAUAUUUCAAGCACAAGAACCUGGCUAGUUUUAUUCGACAGCUUAAUAUGUAUGAUUUUCAUAAAAUUCGCGACUCGGGUGACGAGCAUAUUUUUAGUCAUCCAUACUUCGUAAAAGGUAAGAAAAGCCUUUUAGGCCAAAUCCACAGGAAAACUUCUGAGUUUUAUCCUCCACCAAUCCCCAGAAUUGUGCAGCAAGCAUCAGAGCCACUUAUUGAAAAAUGUCAAGCCCUCGAAGCAAGCCAAAUUGAAUUGCAAAAUACUAUAGAUACGCUCGAAAAGAAGUACAGGGAGACCUGCGAAAUGAAUCAGCGACUUGUGGUGGAGCUUUUGAAUGCCAGAGAGCGUGAAGAAAGACUGAACCAAAUUUUAUAUAGAACUUCAAUAUACAGUUCUUUCUUUAAUAUGAUCUAA